CCACAAAGCAUGGUGCCCACAUCCAUUGAAUUGGGUUUGGACCGCAUCAACCGCCUUCUAGCCGCUCUAGACAGCCCUCAAACCAAAUUUCCGGUCAUACACGUAGCCGGUACCAAUGGCAAAGGAUCAGUGACUGCAUGCAUAUCAGCAAUCCUCACGCAUGCAGGUUACAGAACUGGCCGCUUCAAUUCGCCCCACCUGGUUUCUCCCCUUGAUGUAAUUCGCAUUAAUGACCGUAUCAUAGCCAAAGAUUUGUAUGCGACAUGCUACGGGAAAGCAUUCAGGGCUGACGAAGAGAAUGCAAUUGGGGCCAGCUUGUUUGAAAUUCAGACAGCGACAGCCUUUUUGGUAUUUGCGGAGCAACAUGUCGAUAUAGCGAUAUUGGAAGUUGGGUUGGGUGGGAGAUUAGACGCGACCAAUGUUUGCUGUAGUCCAUUAGUGUGCGUUUUUACUGCGAUCGGUAUGGACCAUGUAGAUCUCCUUGGGGACACAAUCGAAAAGAUUGCCGCAGAGAAGGGUGGCAUCAUCAAACCGGGAGCAAUGGUCGUCAUUGGACCACAGGUCGAAGAAGAAGUAACUCCUGUUCUAAUACGCAUGGCCGCCGCGCACAACUGUCCAGUCCACAUUGCUUCUCCUGCCGUUCGCCCAUCGGACUCAGACUUGAUCGAGGUCCAAUACAACGGCCAAAUUGUCCGCACUCCUUUAGCUCUUCUCGGCGCCUUUCAGUUGUCAAAUGCUGCGACAGCGCUGAAAGCCAUUGAUGUGCUCACCUCUGCGCAUCCUCAAUUCAAGGUCCCAAUUGACGCAAUCACGUCUGGGAUGUCCACAGUACGAUGGGCUGGAAGGCUGGAAUGGGUCGAUAUCCCAGGUUUGGGUAGGAUACUGAUUGAUGGUGCGCACAACCCCCCGGCAGCGGAAGCCUUAGCCGACUUUGUUAGCAAUCAACGCAGUAAAACAAAAGACGGGCGUGUAGGAUGGAUAGUGGGCUUGACGCAAGGGAAGGACUUGGAAGGCCUGCUGAGCUACCUUCUGAAAGAGGGUGACAGCCUCUAUGCUGUCCCCUUUAGUCAGCCAGAACAGAUGCCAUGGAUCCGAUGUAUACCAGCCGAUUCGAUACGGGAACGAGUAGUCAAUUCAUUCUCGGGUGUCCAUUGUCUGUCAUUCCCAAGCCUAUCACAAUGCUUAAAUGCGCUGGGACAGGACGAGACUCGGCCUAAUCUUUUGGUUCUCUGUGGGUCUUUGUAUCUGGUCGCAGACUUAUAUCGUUUAUACUCUAUACCGUCAUGAAAGUGGAAGGUCCCCGUAGUCGAAUCUUUGAUAAUAUAUACUUGGUGUAAUGCUUAUACAUAGAAUAAAGUGAACGAACUCUUAUCGCUGC